AUGGCGACUAAUUUUCCCAAUUUCACUCUCCUCCUCCUCCUCCUCUUCUUAACACCCCUUAUCUUCCAAUUCCCACACCUCGUCUCCUCAGAAUGCACCUGCGAUCGAGGCACCAGCCGCGGUGGCGACGGCCACCGGGACGGGAACAAGCCGAUCCUCUACAAAAUUGUGGCGAUUUGCUCCAUUCUCGCGGCGAGCGGGAUCGGCGUGACGAUCCCGAUCGCCGGAAGAAAGUUCCCCGCUCUGCACCCGGAGAACAAUCUCUUCUUCCUCAUCAAGGCCUUUGCGGCCGGGGUGAUUCUCGCGACCGGAUUCGUCCAUAUUCUCCCCGACGCCUUCGCGAGCCUUUCGAGCCCCUGCGUGAAGGAGAACCCAUGGGCGAGGUUCCCGUUCCCCGGGCUGUUCGCCAUGGUGGCGGCGGUGAUGACGAUGAUGAUCGAUACGUUCGCGACGAGCUAUUACAAGCGGUCUCAUUUCAGCAAUACGAACAAGGCGCUGCCGGUGGCUGGGAGUGGGAAUGACAGCAGUGGGGAAUUGGAUUUCCACGCGACUCAUGGACACGCGCAUGGCUCUGCUUUUGGGCCGGAGGAUUCCGAGGAGUCACAUCAUUUCCGCCACCGGAUUGUUUCUCAGGUUCUGGAGAUCGGGAUAGUGGUUCACUCGGUUAUAAUCGGAGUAUCGUUAGGCGCGUCAGGGAGCACGAGGACGAUCAAGCCACUGGUGGCCGCACUCACUUUCCACCAAUUCUUUGAAGGGCUCGGCCUCGGUGGAUGCAUCUCACAGUGCAGGCAAAGUUCAAGUUCCGAGUGGCGGCAACAAUGAUGCUCUUCUUCUCGUUGACGACUCCGAUUGGGAUAGUGGUGGGAAUCUGCAUAUCGAGAGGAUACAGCGAGGACAGCCAGGCCGCGCUUCUGGUCAGCGGGAUCUUGAACUCGGCUUCCGCCGGGAUAUUGAUAUACAUGGCACUAGUGGAUUUGCUGGCACAGGAUUUCAUGAACCCCAAGCUGCAGGGGAACCUGCGGUUGCAGCUUGGAGCUAACGUUUCUCUCCUCUUGGGGAUGGGCUGCAUGUCGUCCUUGGCGCGAUUGGCCUGACCACCGCCAUUGCUGUUUCGCCAUCAUCGAUCAGUAGCUUUGUCGAUAAAAAACAACGAGACUGUAGAGUUGUGAAAAUGGUUAUGGUGCACGUUUCCCCUGUUGUUGUAUUCUGUAAAACUGUUCUAUAGGUUUGGUAUGGAAAAUAGAAAGAGCAAAGAGGAAUUCCCGUCACCUGAGAUUCAUGAACACAAACCAAUGCCAUAAAUUACGCUAACCUAAUCUUCGUACCAAUGUUUUAUCUCGGACAAAAGAGGCUAAAAGGGUACACGCUGCUGAAUCUUCAGGAAGGACGAAUACUCCUCUGCCUCAGCUUUUGUGAGAGCUGGUGCUAAGGAACUCAACGCCUUCUGAAAGUGACGAUUGCAGACAACAGCAGCGGAUAUAUCUUCGCGAAGAGCUACCAUCCCAGCUUCUCGACAUAGACCCUCUAGUUCAGCACCCGUGAAGAGCUCGGUGUUCUCUGCUAUGUUUUUGAGGUCGACAUCAUCGUCGAGGCUGAUGUUUCGUGUAAGAACGUUGAGGAUCUCGAGUCGACCCUCCUUAUCAGAUGGUGGUACAUACAAGACCUAGUCACGGAACACAGAGAAGGCCCUAAUUUUUACACUCAAUUUAUGAAAAUGGAGGAUCAGCAAAUCAAGUCAUGUUGUUGAGACACGUACCAGAUCAAAGCGUCCAGGGCGCAUCAGUGCAGCAUCUAUUGCAUGUGGACGAUUGGUAGCCGCCAAUACAAGGACGCCCUGAUAGCAUAAUAAAACGAGUAGAUUGGAGUGACGGAGAACAUAUGGUAACAUCAGGCUUCCAUUCCAUGUCCUUAGCAUGGUAAAGUCGAAGCGUUAAUGUCAUUAUGACUUACUUUUAUUUCUUGCAGACCGUCCAUUUCAGUCAGUAGGGUCGAUAGAAGCCUCUCCCCUGCAGCGGAUGAGUUGCUUGAACUGUCACCUCUGGAAUAAUUUGUCCAGAAAAGAUAAAAGUCAACCAUACUACACUGACAUAAUUUCACUCAUGGUAACUUCGGAGACCACUGUGAUGGGAUUGGACCUCUACCAAAACUGAAAAUGUGCAUACCGUUUACCAGCCAGAACGUCGAUUUCAUCGAAGAAGAUUAUGCUGGGAGCUGCCACACGAGCUCUUUGGAAUGUGUUGCGCAACAAUGCUUCACCCUCUCCAACAUACUUGUUAAAACAAUCUGCAGAACUGAGUACAAAGUUGUGUAACUUCAGAAAUUGAGUUCUGCGGAACUGAGACAACUUCAAUUGGAGACUUGGAGACGCUCUUACGUCAAGGAGAAAAAAGAAGCUUGAGCAGCAUUAGCUACAGCUUUAGAAAUAGUGGUUUUGGAAACACCAGGAGGUCCAUGCAAAAGAAUCCCACGUAUGGGAGAGAUUCCCAUUCUUCUAAGUGCAGACUGGUGCUUGAUCGGCCACUCAACAGCUUGCUUAAGUCUUUUCUGAAAAAUACAAUGGCCAUUUGUAGACAUCAGAAAGAUUUCAACAUGUACCUCGACUCGAUCGAUGCAUCCAGCUUUUUCAUAACAUUU